AUGAAAAGAAAGAAGACGAAGAAGAAUACUUCUAUCAGAUCCUCAAAACCACUUGCUAUACGAAAGAAGAAGAGAACUUAUGUCAAAUCAUCACAACAACAACAACAACCGUUUUCUUCUACAAAUUCAAUUAUAAUUGCAGAAGCUGAGUUUGAGUUUUACUUACCCGAUGAAUGCUGGGAGCGUGUCUUCACAUUCAUCAUCAACCCGCCUGACCUGUUCUUGGAUGUCUUCCCAUUCCCCACUGACCCCGUCGAUGACAAAAUCAAAGAGAAAUACAAACGAAAUUUUGAAUCUCUAUCUCUCGUCUCAAAACACUUUCUCUCCAUUACUAACCGUCUCAUAUUUUCUCUCAAAAUAUAUUAUCCACAACUUUGUCAUCUCUCUCGUUUCUUUCAUAGAUUCUCCAACCUUAAUUCCCUUGACAUUUGCUUCGGAUCCUAUUAUCUCGAUGCAGACAUUGCCUUGGCUCUCCGUGACAGAUCAUCAUUGAAAUCUUUAUCUAUUUACAUGUUUGAGAUAAAUGUAACUUCUCAUUACAUUGAUUCCUUACUGAGUUUGAAGGGUUUGAAUUCUCUUAAGUUUCACUCUUCUCAAAUAUCUGAUUAUUUGCUUUACUCUAUUGCAAGACAAGGUCUUCCUUUAAACACUUUUGUUCUUGAAAAUUGCACCGGCUAUACUUACCAUGGAAUUUAUGAUUUAUUAUCUAAGUGCCGCGGGAUAAGACAUUUGGGUCUUCAAGGUGUUGAUUUUCUAAAUAAUCAUUAUGUUUCCCAGUUGUCUUUACUUCUUUCUGAUUUAGUAUCUAUAAAUCUUAGUAAAUGUUCCAAGCUCACUGAAUCAACUUUGUUUACUCUCAGUAAGAAUUGUCAUUCACUUGGUGAGAUCACAAUGCAAAGCUUAUAUAUUGAUGAUUUUGAUAUUGAGAGAGAAAAUGUAGAAAAUUAUGAUAUUUUGAAAGAUUUUGAUGUCAACCCUCAAUUAAAGUUUCUACAUUUGUUUCGGUCUUCAUUUAUAAAUGACGAGACCAUCAUAUUGUUUGCUUCAUUCUCAAAUUUGAAGCAUCUCGAUUUAAGUUGUUGCCAUAACAUAUCUGAAAAAGGUAUUCGUCAAGUUUUAAAUAGUUGUUGUAAGCUUAGAGAUCUAAUGUUGAUGAACUGUAAAGUGAGAGGACUAAAAUUGAACUUUGUGGUUCCCCAGCUAGAGGUGUUGGACUUAUCCCGUACAAGUGUUGAUGAUAAAACACUCCAUGAGAUCUCAAAGAGUUGUUGUGGGCUUUUGGAAUUAUUAUUGAUAUGUUGUGAAUAUGUCACGAAAAAGGGAGUGAAGCGUGUGGUUGAAAACUGCAAACAAUGUCGUGUGAUACAGUGA